AAUGAAAUUAAAAAUUGUUCUCUUAUUUACAAUCAUCUGUCUUAUAUCAAUAAGCACUUUCUAUAUGACGUUGCAGAAUGGUAUUAUUUCCAAACUAUUGCUUUAGAUUAAACUCUACUUAAAUUAAAGACCAAUCACACCUUCAAGGGUACAAAUACCAAACACACAGGAUAUUGGAAUGGUGAUUUAUAAUGCACUGCGAAAUGCUAAGCUUAGGAUGGGAUCAGCUGUGGACAAGCGUGGUAAAAUUGUUGUCGACCUUCAUAAUGUAUAAGUGAAUGGUAUGGUGCUAAGAAUUGUAAGGACCGAAUACCAGUUUCUGGAUGCUCAGAUGAUGAAAAUUGAUGAUGGUUAUUAGCUCAUCUUAUUGAAUUAAAUAAACCCU